AUGUCUGACGCUGAGGCUAUCUCACAGCACUUCCUGAAGUCUGAGGAGCAGCAAUGGCAGGACACUUUCCAGACGAAUGUCUUCGGCCAGUUCUUCAUGAGCAUGGCUUUCCUGCCACUUCUCGCAAAAGGCCGUGAGAUCACGCCGGGCUACACGAGCCAAAUCGUGAAUGUCUCUUCCAUAUCUGGCCAGAUGAAAGGAUCAUCUAAUGGACAAUUCGCCUACGCUAGCAGUAAAGCCGCUUUCACACAUAUGAGCCGAAUGUUGGCCACUACCUUCAAGGACACCAAGGUUCGUGUCAAUGUGAUUGCUCCCGGCAUCUUCCCAAGUGAAAUGACUACUGGUAAGAGUGAUGAGGGAAAUAAGAGCGAAUUGUCGACGAAGAUCGGCAACCCUGCUGGACGGGGUGGGCACGAUAGCGACAUGGCUGCCACGAUUUUGUUCUUGGCUGGGAAAGGCGGCCUCUUUUACAAUGAGCAGGUGCUCUACCCUGAUGGAGGAAGUACUCUGGUGGCUCCUGCGUUCAAGUAG